CUGUGAAUGUUUCCGUAUAUGCCAAAAGGGACGUUGAAGUUGUGGUCAAGUUAAGGAUCUUGAGAUGGGGAGAUUAUCCUGGGUUAUCCAGAUGAACCCAAUAUUAUCUCAAGGGUGCUUAUGAGAGGAGCACAGGAUCAGUCAGAAGAAAGCCAUGUGACGACAGAGGCAGAGAGAGAAAAGGCAAUGUGAUGCGGAGGCACCGUCAGCGUGGGGAGGUCACAGCUCCGGUCCCAGAGUCUCCAGCAAGACCCUGAGCUGCUCAGAGCCCAGAAGCCUGGUCUGACUGGGAGCUCCUCGCCCCGCCCCGGCCGGGGUCUGACUGCGCCGUGCGCCCCCUGCGUCGCCGCCGGGUGCCUGGAUUGGCUUCGGCGGUCGCCAUGACGGCGGCUGUGUUCUUCGGCUGCGCCUUCAUUGCCUUCGGGCCUGCGCUCGCCCUCUACAUCUUCACCAUUGCCACCCACUCGCUACGCAUCAUAUUCCUCAUCGCCGGAGCUUUUUUCUGGUUGGUGUCUCUACUGCUUUCCUCCCUUGUCUGGUUCGUGGCAGGAGCCAUUACUGGCAACAGAGAUGAAUCAUUAAAGAAAUAUCUGCUGGUCAUUGGAGUGCUGGUCUCAGUGCUUAUCCAAGAAGCCUUCCGGUUUUCUUAUUAUCAUCUUCUAAAAAAAGCCAAUGAGGGUUUGAAGGCCAUAAGCCCAUUUGAGACAGCUCUGUCUAUGAGAUUGCUGGCCUACGUUUCUGGCUUGGGCUUUGGACUCAUAAGUGGAGUAUUUUCCUUUGUGAACACCCUGUCUGACUCCUUGGGGCCAGGCACAGUGGGCAUUCAUGGAGAUUCUCCCCAGUUCUUCCUGAGUUCAGCUUUCAUGACUCUGGUUAUCAUUUUGCUGCACGUCUUCUGGGGUAUUAUAUUUUUUGAUGGCUGUGAGAAGAAACAGUGGUGCACCCUUCUUGUAGUCCUCUUGACCCAUCUACUAGUGUCAGCCCUGACCUUCUUAAGCCCUUAUUAUGUAAUAAGUCUGGUGUCCGCAUAUAUAAUCUUGGUGCUCAUGGGUAUCUGGGCAUUCUUCGUUGCUGGAGGCACCUGCCGAAGCCUGAAACUGUGCCUGCUCUGCCAAGACAAGGACUUCCUCCUUUUCAACCAGCGCUCCAGAUAACCUCUGGGAACCAGCACCUCCCAAGCAGCAGGCUAUCUUUAGAAGCAGCAACACUCUGCCUUUUUCUAAAAAUUCCUUUUUCUGGUGGAAUUUAGGGGAAAAAAACCACAACUAUCUAGAUAUGAGUCCUAUUCACAUGGGUUUCAUUAAACAGCUCUCCAAAAGGUGUAAGUCAGUGGGGGCAAUCCUGGCUGCACAUUAAAAUCACCUGGGGAACAUAAAGAGUACCAAUUUCUGGGAUCUACCCUCCAGCUUUAAUUGGUCUGGGCAUUUGGUAUUUUUUAAAAGCUUCCCGAGUGAUUCCAAUGGGCAUCCAAGUUGAGAAUCAUUGUUGGAUGAUUAUCCAUAAGUGGGAACUUCCUAAGAACAUCAUAAAUAAAUAAGAAUCAGAUUCUUAGCUUUCUCCUAACUCUGGCUGAGCAAGUAAAUAUCUUAAGGACAAAUCCUGGUUAGCCUUUGUCUUUUUAAGUUCUGAAGUCACAAAAAGGCUGAAAGGGCUAUCAUCUCUGUGAUCUUUUUCAUAUGUGUCACUAGCACCAUGUUUAUGAGAAAGAACAUGGUGGGCUGAGUUUCUACAUGUGAUAAUAAAUUGCACUGAUUCCCUAUGAUAAUUUAGCCAAAAGAAGAUAUUAAUUAAUUAAUAAGCUGUAUUUUCCUGAGGUUUUUCCCAUUGUCUUUGCAUUUUGUGACAUUGCAUUGUUUUUAAGCAUAGAUUCAAUUUCUUUUACUAAAAACUAUUACUUCUUGACUUCCUGGGAAGCUAAUACAAAAUCAGUAAUUUUUGUACAACUUUUUAAGUUUUUCCUUCAUUAAAUGUUUUUCAUGAGCUUUGCUCUAGGCCAUCUGUUGCAGUGUUUAACACCUGAAUACUGACUGCUGGACUAGUUGAGCUGGAGCCCAUUAUUAUAUCUCUGGGCAUCUGUGCAAGGAGCUUAAUGUUGUGUCCUGGGACAGAUUUCACUGGAGUUGGUGCGAGUUUAGCCAAAAGCAUGCUGAAAGAAGCCAAUAGGGUAGUUGUGACACUUUUUUUGCUCUUGUCAUAUUAAACAGCUUUUUUCACCCAAAAUUGAGCAGUGUAAUAUUUCUUAUUUGCCAAAUUCAUGUUUUACAUAAUGUGUAUAAACUUUAGAUCUAGUUAACUUCUCUGGGUUUUGGUAAUACAUACAGCAUUCCCUUUAUGGAAGUACCCAAGUUGUUCAUUCAACUUCUAAACAACCCUCUGGAUUUCCUUUAUAAAGAAGAAAUGCUAGUGAAUUGUACCUUUACUACUAGAAAUAGUUCUCAGUGGAUGGCUUUGGGGGAGCUCAUAGUAUGAAAUUGAAAUUACCUACACAUUAAAGUGAUACAUCAGUGAAUCUUGUAUGUGCAGUAGAACAUCCAAAAGAAAUAGGUGCAGCAAUGAGAGUUUGAGUCCUUAUGAUAAAGUGACAUGAUAGGUGGAUGGAUUUGGCAAUACUUUGGUGGGAAGAAUAUGAACAUGUUUAAAACAAAAAUGUGGCCAGUAUUUUGGGCUGGCCCAUGUCAUUUCCAGGGACUAUAACCUUACAUGCCAUCCUACUCCAUGUUUAAAUUAUUAGAAGAUCUCAGUCAGGGGAUUCAAGAGGAGUAGGGCUUCAAGGAAGGCUGUGAAAAGUCUCAUAAACAAUUAUAGGUAUUCCCCUAAAGUUUACAUCAGCAGUAAUGCCAGUGCUUCUGCUGGAGUAUGUAAUUUUCCAGCUUUCUGCAAGAUUUUCCUUAAAGAGUCAAAAACAUAGAGACUGAAGAGUUCAAUUUACCAUGCAGAGUCAAGGGAAAUAAAAUACCCAUUGAACUGGGAUUUAUUCUUAUUGGAAUGUAGUGUUCUUUGAUGAACAGAAUAAGAAAAAUGUAUAGUAGGUUAUUACUAUUGACUUAUAAAUCUCUUAAAUGAAUAGUCUAAUAAAAUAUCUGUUGAUUUGUAAAGUGUAGAAAAUCUGAGAAUAUUAAUAUUACUCAUAUUAAUUGAGCUCUAAGGAUAUCCUCUGUAUAGUAAUAGUUUAAGAAGCUAGGAUAUUGCACAAUCUCAUUUGUAGAAGCUUCUCAGGUGAGAAGAAAAAUUUCUUUGAUGGUGAGACUGUUGUUUUAGUUCAAGAAAUUGUUAUUGGAUAAUCUUUGAUUACCCAUGAAUAAAGGAACUUUGUAACUCUUAUUUCUCUUAGAAUAUGAGCUCAGGCACUGUUGUUUGAAAUAGCCUUGCUUUGCCACAUGCCAAGGAAGCCCAGGGGGAGGUAUAGUCUUCCUCUGUUGCUGCAUAUAUAUUGACAUGUUGUUGUUGAUGAUGUUGUCCAUUGUUCUUGUUUGCAUUUGUUAUCUAUAAUGAGUUUUCUGAGCCCUGAUAAUACUAUGUGGAGAAGAAGAGAUGGCAUUGAUGUGUGCCCUCCUUCAGGUAGGAUUUUCUCAGGAAAAAUCCUACCAUUGGAGGGAAAUGUGGGUAUAAUUCAGGUUGACCUUGGAAUUGUGAAUACUGUUGCAGUGCUUGAAUAUGUUACCAUGUGAAAGAUAGAGAUUGAUUUUGCUGCUCUCUAAUAAAAGCUGUACUUAUCUUUAAUUCAUUAGAAUUAGUGGUAAUAACUGGAAAAGUUUUAUUACCUCUCUCCUGGCCUUCCUGACUGGCACCAAAGUAGUAGCAGUCUCUUAGAUAGUCUUAAUGAAAGGAAUACGUCAUGAUACCUGCAGACCGCAUCAGAAAUGGUCUGUGUUCCCAGGGUGAAUAUUUUUAUACCUAAGUGCAUUUUAAUGCUUGCUGAGAGGAGCAGAGUCACAUCCAAAAUGCUAGCUGUUCUUAUGCAUAGAAUUGACACUGUGUAAGCAGUGGUGACAGAAGCUUUCUCCUUACUAGUACUCUUGAAUACACUCGCAUUGCCGUAGCCACAAGUCAGGGAUUAGCAGCUGUCAGCACAGGCCUGAGGGGUCCAGCAACGUCUCACUGGCCACCCAGCAAGGGUGCCGCCCAUGGCGGGCAUCAGCAGCUGGCCUCUCCGGAAAGAGCUCCUUGAGAGUGCUGACUUUUUGUUAGCUACAUUUUUUCUGGGCCCCACCAUUCCUAACUCCAGGUAGACAAGUUAGAUGUCACAACAAAACAAUUUUAAAGUGUUUUGCUUAGAGUAUUUUGUUUAUAAUUGCAAUGUUUAUAUUUCUCAUUUAAUAAGGCACUUUACUUCAUUCUGCAGAUUUUAGAGGCAGGUACUAUCUCUAUGUAAAAUAUGUAAUGUUUUAUAUAAAUUAUACUAUUAUGUCAUAUAUAUUUGCAAUAUCAGACCUUGCAUUCAAUACAUGAUGACAUAGAAUCUUUCCAGACCUGUGUUUUUCAGUGAACAAUAAAAAGAUUGUU